UUCUUAUUGCUCUUGUAGCAAUCGCUCUAUUCGCUAUUCAAAAUGGCGACGGUGUUGCGGUCACACUGCGCGUUUGCGCGACUUUUUGGAGGAAAACGUGGACAAAUCCUGUACAAUGUGAUUGAUUUUGGUAUAAAAUCAACCCCGGAAUCACUAUCGGUGAUAUCAAUUUCUAAAAAGUACUCCAAUUAUGCACAUUCGCCGUUUGUUACACGAGUAAAAGAACGAUAUAAUUAUGAAGUUGUUGAAAAGCCUCCAGAGUGGACUUAUGUAAAAAGACUUCUGCCUUUUGAGACAAUUCCAGCAAUAUCUCCAAAAGAUAACUACCCCUCCGGAUAUAUACCUCCUCAAGAAGAAGCUCGGAAUCUUCCUUAUUUUAUUCCUAGAAAUAAAAAUCACUAUUUACCUAUAUAUCUAGAUAUAACUUUUCGGGGUAUGCGUAAAAUCUCAAUUAUAAAAAAAAUUGACGGAGAUAUAUGGCUUUUAAAUGAUGAAAUAAAAAGUUAUUUGAAAAAAAAGCAUAAUAGGUAUGUUGAAACUAGAGUACACGAAAUGGGAAGGUUCAUUGAGGUAAAAGGUGACUACGUCAACGCUCUAAAAGAUUGGGCAUAUUCUAAAGGGUUCUAGUUUCCUGUAUUCCAUUUUGUACGAAAUGUAGUUUGAAUAAAUCAUUUUAGUUUA